CCGUCCUAGUGCUACUGGGCCGAACAUCACUAGACGGUGCGGAUCAAUUCGUGAUCUUCUUCUUCCUCUAUCAAGACUCUUCAAACAAUAAUUCCCUUUCAAAAUCUCCCACACUCACAGUUUCCUUCUCAAAAUUCGAGAGAGAGACAGAGAGAUAGAAAUGGCGGACGUAGAAGAAGCAGAGCUCAGUGACAAGCAGAAAAAAGAGAUAGCGAAAUGGUUCCUUCUCAACUCUCCUGCUGGUGAAAUCCAAUACGUUUCCAAAGAUGUGAAAGCGAUACUGAACGACGAAGAAUUGUACAAUGAGGCGGCUUCCGAGGCCUUUCCCUUGUACAAUAAAUCCCAAAUGAUUUGCCUCGAAAUGCCUGGCCGAAUCGGCGAUGUGCUGGUUACUUCAUUUGGCGAGCUCAAGGAGAAUGAGUUUCUUGAUCUUAGGACUGCUCAAGUUGCCAUAGUUGAUCACAUUAAACAAGUUUGUACAGGGGUGAGACCUGCUCUGGAUGAUGAACUUCCAUCCCCAUACGUAGAGGAAUUCAGAUGUGCUCUGGAUGCCGAAAUACUGAAAUAUGUCGGUGAAGCUUAUCCAAAAGGUGUCUGCUCAGUCUACUGUACAAAAGGAAAAGAUGUGGAGGGCCCAGGUUCUGAUUUUGAUCUUGUAGUGGUGAUUUCUGCUGCCAGACUUAGUCCACAGAAUUUCUGCAACGGAAGUUGGCGUUCAGUAUGGAAUAUUGAGUUCAAGGAUGUUGAACAAAUACUGGAACUGAGAGGCAAAUUGCAGGUGGGUGCCCAUUAUUUUGAAGAGGGAAAUGUGCAGUUAGAUGCAAAACAUGAAUGCAAAGACACAACAGUAUUUCAGUCUCCCGAUGACUGUGCAAUUACCAUAGCCAGCAUUAUUCGCCACCAUGAGACAGAGUACUUGGCAUCUCUUGAGGCAUCCUAUUCAAAUUUGCCAGAUACCACUUUCAAGGAUCUCCGGAGGAAGCUUCCAGUUACUCGAACCCUAUUUCCAUGGCAUAACACGUUGCAAUUUAACCUGACUAGAGACAUUACAAAAGAACUUGGCAUUGGAAAGUGAAUACACCAAACCGAAAUCAAGACCAAUGUUUGCUGAAGGAAAUGUUCUGUGCCAUCAGAGUUUCUCUCCUCAGUUUUAUGGCAUUGUACUAUACUGUUGAUUCCCAGAUGUGUAUAAUAGCAGGAAAGGAUUGUGGUUUAUUUCCAUUUUCUAAAGCAUGUGACGAAGUUGACUAGUUUGUGGAAAGGAUUGUAGUGCGAAAAGUGGCCCCAGUUUGUGCAAUUAUUUUUUGCCUAAAAGGUGAAUGAAAAUUGAGAGGGACACGGACUUGAAAGAGCCAA